AUGCAACAUGUAUUCUCCGAAGUCUCAACUGCUAUUCCCACCAUCAAUGGGACGGAGGCUGCAACUUGGUCUGGAUUAAUAAUGGUGUUGUCGCACUUCUCUUUUAGACUGUUCUCAGUCCUCCUGUCUUCAAUUCCCUUUACGCUAUCAUCCACAGCUGGCACCGCCGCCGAGACGGAGCUUGCUUUCAACACCUUGCAAGAAUGGUAUAGCAACGACACUGGACUCUGGACAACCGCUGGCUGGUGGAACAGUGCAAACUGUCUGACCACCGUUGGAGACUUGGCUGCAGUCGACUCGAGUGUGGCACCUACAGUGCAAAAGGUCUUCUCCAACACCCUUGUCCAAGCACAAAAGGCCAACCUCCAAAUGCAAAAGGUAGUGACUGCAUCUUUUAAUGUCGAGACCUUCUACGGGCCCGUGUUCCCGUCAAAUGUCGUCGUACCAGAAUCCACCAAUACCAAGGGUUUCCUCAACGGCUUUUACGAUGACGAAGGGUGGUGGGCACUGGGAUGGAUACAGGCCUACGACGUAACUAAAAACACCGAAUACCUCCAAACUGCUAUGGAUAUAUUCAAUGAUAUGUCCGGCGGGGGCAACACACCCUGUGGCGGAAUAUGGUGGGACAAGGCCCAGACAUAUGUAAACGCCAUCGCCAACGAGCUCUAUCUUUCUGUGGCAGCUCACCUGGCAAACCGCCUCCCGAACGACCAAUCCAACUAUUUAAACAUCGCCCUAAAGCAGUGGAACUGGUUUGAAAACACCGGCAUGAUAAAUUCGAAAAACACUAUUAACGAUGGCCUCACCAAGUCUUGUGAACCCAAUAACGGAACUGUAUGGUCGUACAAUCAAGGCGUCAUCCUUGGGGGCCUAGUCGAACUCGCUACGGCUUCAGGCGACCCGUCCUACCUCCUAACCGCCUCAACCAUUGCAUCCGCAGCCAUAUCCGCGCUCUCUAACUCCAGUGGCGUUCUGCAUGACCCAUGUGAGCCGAACUGUGGGGGCGAUGGUUCGCAGUUCAAAGGGAUUUUCAUGAGGAAUUUAGGGAAGCUGCAGACGGUUAGGCCGAAAGAUGAGUUUCUCGGGUUUAUAGAGAGUAACAAGGACAGUAUUUUGAAGAGUAAUAGGGAUUCGAAAAAUAGGAUGGGUGUUGUUUGGAGUGGGCCGGUUACUGAGCCCGCAACUGCGAGUUCGCAUAGCUCAGCUAUGGACGCGCUCGUUGCGGCUUUGGCGUUGGGUGUAUAG